AUGAACGACAGCGAUGAUGACAGGAUACUGAGGGGCAACAACGCGAUACGUCUGAACGUCACGACGACUGUGGUGCAGGUGCUGAUCUGGCCCUUCAUCACCAUCAACCUCUUCAUGUACACAGUCUUCUAUCGCAAGCAGGCCCUCCGGGCCGAGCCACGCUACCUGCUCUUCGCCCAGACGCUGCUGGCCGACUGCGCUUUAUUCGUCAUGACGGACUUUGUGGUGAUCAGCAUACACGCGCGCUUGCUGCUGCCUCUUACUUUCUGCCUCCCGUACGUCAUUGUCAUGCACGCUGUCACCCAGGUCUCCCCGUUAAUCAUCACAGCCAUGUGUCUGGAGCGCUACGUGGCCAUCUGCAUGCCCCUAAGACACGUCAACAUCUUCUCCCCUACUCGGACCUCCAUUGUCAUAUCCUCGGUGUGGUUCCUCAGCUUCCUGAAGCCCUUCAUAGACUUCUUCAUCAUGUUAUCUGUUGUCUCCCAGAGCUACUUUUGGACGCUCAACUACUGUUACUACGAAAUCAUGCUCCUGGCAAAGUGGCACAUGGCGUUGAGGGGAAACCUGGUCAUUAUUCAUUACUUGGCCAUUUUGUUUGUGCUGUUCUUCUGCUACGGGUCAAUCAUGCGAGUGGCACAGCGGGCGUCUGGCUCCGAUAAGAAGGCCGCGGCAAAAGGCCAACGGACUUUACUGCUGCACCUGUUGCAAAUCUUUCUGAGCACGUUGGAACUUUUUACACCUUACAUUGAAGCAAGGGUCAUACAGAUUAGCAUGGAUACAUUUCUUAUUGUGCGCUAUUUUAACUUUAUGGCCUUUACUAUCGUGUCACGCGCUGUUAUACCCCUGAUCUAUGGUUUUAGAGAUGAGAAGUUUUAUGCCGCUAUCAAAUAUUAUGCUCAGAGCAAAAAGAAUCAUGUGUCACCAAAUAAGAUGCCAAAAGAAAAGCAUAGAGGAACCAAAUGA